GCACCACCCCCCAAACACCCGGGCCUACGCCUCGCGGACUUCUUCGACGCCAUGUUCAAAACCAUAACCGCAAUCAGCACCCUCGGCGCCUCAAUAACCUUCACGAAAGUUGUUUCCAACCCGACGGAACCAUGGGUCUACCACGGCAUCUCCGGCGACGACAUCCAAUACUAUAUAGCCGACGCAUUCGUGUGCUUCGCACUCAGCCUCUUCCUCACCACGCUUGCUGCGUCCGCACUUAGCUAUUGGCGUCCUCAAGCGAUUCGAUAUUUCGGCACAGAGGACAGCCAUCAUCGGCGGAUCGUGGCGUGGUGGGCGACGCUGGUGAGCACUGUGCUCGUUGGGCUGACGGUCACUGCAUUCAUAUUCCUGGGUCUUGUGGUAGCGGGCCUUGUUGGUACUGCAGGCUGGCUUUCGUUGGCGUUGACAGGUUUGAUGGCCGUCGUAGUGCUAGGUGUCAUCGUGUGGCAGAGUCCGAUUGGAAGUCCUCCACCU